AUCAUGGGACAUAACCCAAUUAGCACUUCCUGUUUAUUUUGGAAAUGGCUCGAUGGAGACGGAAAAUAGACGUCGCUGUCAGAUACACUAGAAGGUAUAUUUGUGCCGAAUGAAUGGGUCAGUGUUGCAAAACUUUAUAAAUAACAGUUUUAUGGUGAUUGAAUGACUCAAAUAUGAAAUUAGGAACUGUUACGCCUCCUGUUUUCCUCCUUGUGUAUCUGCUUCAAAUACUAGUGACAGGAAGUAAGGCCACAACACUGCGAUGUGAAACUCUGCUUCUUGGUCAGUACACAUGCAGAGAACCUGAAAUAGAUAUAGACACACAAAGUGCAAAGGGAUGCAGAGAAAACAGAACGGUCCUUGUUCCGUGUAUGCCAGCUGAAGAGAUAAAUUGUAUCGGAUUAGAUGGACAAGCUAUGACUUACAAUGGAACAAUUGUUGGAUUCUUAAAAGAAAUUCCUUGCAGAUGGACCAAUGGCUACUCUUUUGAGACCUCUUUGUUAUUAUCUAUUUUUCUUGGAAUGUUUGGGAUCGACAGAUUCUAUCUCGGAUAUCCUGCUAUUGGUUUACUAAAAUUUUCAACACUUGGAUUUUUCUUCCUUGGACAGCUUGUGGACAUUAUAUUGAUUGCUACACAAGUAGUUACUCCAUCUGAUGGAUCAGACUAUGUCAUUGACUACUAUGGGGCUGGUUUAACAAAGAUUAUCAUGGACAAAUUCACAUUUGUUAAGCCCCCCGAUUCUUAAGUUGAAUGGAAAUUCACAAUUUCAACACUGCUCAGUUUAACUCCUAAUGCAUAUCAUUAUUUUCUGGAAAUCCAAAACAAAUGAUCAUCUUAAUGAAUGAUUUUGGCUUGAUAGCAAGUCAAUAGAAAGUUUGUAAUAAAUAGUUUCACAUA